AUGUCGGCCACCAACACGAGUGUUCCUGGUAUAGAUAUGUUUAACUAUAGCACGGAAGAAACUGACAAAUUAUCCAACAUGAUGUCGUCGUUUUCUUCGAUGCAGCAGAUGUUGUCAUUGGUGUCUCCAAACUCAAGUCCCGAGUCGCACAUAGUGUUUACAAAUCCCGGGGAAACAACUGUACCUCUUGAUAUGGUACAAAACGCCCUGGAGGUCUCCCCGGGAGUAGAGCCCCUGGCUAUCCCAUCAGAAAACGACAUCAGCAACAUAUCAUCGCCAUCGUCAUGUUCAGAUAAUGACGGCGUCGGCAUUGACGUUUCCAUACCGUCGACCCUCUCACAACAAAGCAGGCAGUUUUCCAACAAGAAGCCUCCCUAUUCCUACGUUGCUCUCAUCACCAUGGCCGUCGAGAGUUCCACAACAGGCAUGAUGACUCUCAACGACAUCUACAACUACAUCGUCAAGAGAUUUCCCUACUACCAAGACAACCAACGGAGAUGGCAAAACUCCAUCAGACACAACCUCUCCCUCAAUGACUGUUUCGUCAAGGUGCCCCGACCCCCAGGGAAACCAGGCAAGGGUAACCUGUGGGCUCUGCAUCCUUCUUGUGGGGACAUGUUCGGUAACGGCAGUUUCCUUCGUCGUUCCAAACGUUUCAAGUCUGCUCAAAAACAACGCCAGGAUGACACCACUCUUCAUCAGGUCAGUCCGAACGGACAGUUUGGUCUUUACGGGGUUCCGCCCCCCUACCCAGGUUUCAACCCCCUAAGUCUCGGUCCCUUACCCCAAGGACUGACCCAGACUUAUCCUUACACCACAGCAAAUAGGCCUGACCCCAGUCCCUGGACUAUGACAUCUCCUACAGGCUACUCUCCUCCUACAGCUGGCUACUACAACGCCAGCAGCAUCAACAACUCUCUGACCGGCUCCCCUCUCUCCAGCUCUCCUCCGGGAUGCUCGUCCCUGGGUGGGACCUACAUGCCACAGAUGCCAUAUCCUAGUUCUCUCACAGACUUCUCACAUUCAUGUUACCCAGCUCUUUACCAAGCCUUGACAUUUUCGAAGAGCAGUUCAGAUGUUAUCAGCGAUUCAGUAACCAAAGCGGAAAGUGGCUGA